AUGCUGCCUACACGGAACAGCCGCACUAGCCGCCCCGAGACGAGCUGGCUACUGCUACCCAAGUUCUACGUAUACCUGGGUGCACUAGCCAUCUUUUCGAUUGGGGCGCUCUUUGGAGGCGGCUACUACCCGACGAUUGGCGGUCGCAGUGACAUGGCGCCGGUUUUCCAUCGCUUUGCAUCCCCCAAGCCCACGGUGCUGGUCACGGGUGGCUUGGGCUUUAUUGGCAGCCACGUGGUAGAGGAUCUACUGGCGAAUAAUUUUGAGGUGGUUGUGUACGAUGACAUGAGUAAUGGAAAGAACUUUAACCGCGACGCAGCAGCUGUGCUAGUCAAGGACAUCACAGUGGCAGACGACUUUUCCUUCAUCAUCCACAAGAUUGAUUACGUAGUGCAUUUAGCCGCUGCGAUCUCAGUAGAAGAGAGUACUCGUCUCCCUGAAAAGUACGAGCGUAUUAAUGUCGAAGGAUCGCGCAAGGUGCUCGAUUGGGCUGCUAAGAAUGGCGUCAAACGCGUCGUCGGUGCAUCUUCCGCUGCCACGUAUGGUAUUCCACUGCCCGAGAACUUGCCUUUGAGCGAAGAGAGUGCCACCGGUGGCAUCUGCUCGUACGCUACAACCAAGUUCCAGAUGGAAAAGCUAAUGCAAAAGUUCAACAAAGACUACGGUCUUCCAUCGACAGCUCUGCGUUUCUUCAAUGUCUAUGGGCCCCGCCAGGACCCGCACUCGUCGUAUAGUGGCGUUGUCUCGUGGUUCAUGGAGCAAGCUAAGAUCAAUGGCACGCUGAAGGUGACCGGUGACGGUGCGCAAUACCGCGACUUUGUGUACGUGAAGGACGUGGCGCGUGCCAUUCGCAUUGCAAUGCUCUUGGAAGACGAUGAAUUUGACGUGUUUAAUGUAUGCACGGGCAUCAAGUCUUCCAUUAAAUCCGUCGCAGAGCGUAUUGUGGAGAAGUUCAGAUCGUCUGCUGCAAUCGUGCACGUUCCCUUCCGCUCCGGCGACGUAAAGGAAUCGGUAUGCUCACCUGUGAAGGCAGCCAACAAGCUGGGGUUCACAGCGUCAUACGACUUCUCCGAUGGCAUAGGCGAAACGCGUGACUGGUUCCUGUCACAAUAA